AUGUCUUACUUCGGACUUCUAUUGCUUCUGCCAUUGGCGCAAUGUACUAACACGCCGCCUGACAUAAUAUUCAUCCUAGCAGACGACUUGGGAUGGGACGACGUGAGCUUUCAUGGAUCGUCUCAAAUCCCCACGCCGAACUUGGAUGCUAUGGCUGCAGACGGCGUCAUACUCAACAGUUACUACAUUCAACAGGCUUGCACCCCUUCGAGGGCUGCUUUUAUGACUGGCCGGUACCCAAUGCGCAUAGGCAUGCAAGGAUUCGCGAUCGACGUAGCCGAGGCGUGGGGACUGCCAUCAAAUUUGCGAAUUAUGCCUCAGUACCUAAAGGACCUCGGCUACGAGACUCAUCUCAUUGGGAAGUGGAACCUCGGAUAUUAUACAAAAAGUCUCACUCCAAUGUUCCGGGGUUUCGACAGCUUUUACGGCUAUUACAAUGGAGAGCAGGACUACUACACGCACAGCAUCACAUACCCUCUGUUUCUAAUGUUGUCCUACCAAGCAGUGCAUGGCGCAGACAUAGUAGGCCAUCUACAGGCGCCACAGGAAAACAUCGACAAAUUUCCCUACAUAGGGGAAGAGAGGAGAACGAUAUUUGCAGGGAUGGUGGACGCGAUGGACCAGUCCGUAGGCGAGGUUUUCGAGGCUCUAAGUGCCGCCGGCACGCUGCAGAACACUGUCGUCGCCUUCAGCAGUGACAACGGCGGCGCUCCGUUCGGGGCACACGCAACCCGCAGCUUCAACUGGCCGCUGCGUGGCGCCAAAGGCGCCCUUUGGGAAGGCGCCACCAGGUCAGCGGCCUUCGUAUGGAGUCCCCUGCUACACAGCAGGCGCAGAGUGUCCCACCAACUCAUGCACAUCACUGACUGGCUGCCUACGCUGUACUCAAUUGGUGGCGGCAACGUAAAGAGCCUCGGCAAAUUGGACGGGUUCGACAUGUGGCGAUACCUCUCUCAAGGAUCUCGUUCACCUCGCCUAGAGAUGCUGUACAACUACGACGAGUGGAUUGUUCACGCAUCGGCGCUGCGUUUCUCGCAGUAUAAGCUCGUGCUUGACAACUUCAGCCUGUACAAUGAGCGCUACCGUACGGCCGGGGGCAAGCGUCCAUGGAAUGACCUCGACAAGCUGCUCGCCCAGUCUAAGGCGGCGAAAGUUUUGAGGAACUUCUACCGAAAGAGCCAACUGAACUUUCCCAGUGGUUGGAGGGAGAGCGCGACGCUACAAUGCGGUCGGUGGACGCCAAGAAGCUUUUCGGGCAACGACACCGUCUUCCUGUUCGACAUCGUUGCGGACCCCUGCGAGUUGAACAACUUGGCCGACUCACUUCCGGAGGUCGUGGUGUUCCUGAAGAAGCGUAUCGAGACGUACGCCGCCGCUGCAGUUCCACCGUUGCACACGCCUAAGGACCCCGCCGCUUUUCCGGAGAAUCACAACGGAACCUGGGCGCCCUGGUUGGAUUCACCACUUGGACCAUGA